CACUCCACGAUAUGCCGGUACCACAUUAUAUAAAUACCGUGCAGUAUCGUAUUUUCUCCUAGAUGGCUCCGAUACAGAUUCAUUCAAGUGUUUACAUUGAUAUUGUUAAUUAAAUUCCAAUUAUUUCUUAUAAAAAUACGAGCGCAUUAUCAGUCGGUUGGGUUCAGUUUGUGAAACAACAUGCUUUUUUCGAUCGCGGUCAGCUUUGUGGACGGAUGAGGAAUAACCGGCAUGUUUUCACCACUCCUUCGAAUCCGUUUGAUUGUGUUUAUUGUUAGUAGUUUAAAUAGCGGCAGGAUACAUAAGCUGCUGAGAUCUGUGAUAGUGCCAUAAAAAAGGCUUCGCCUUUCAACUUUGUGAUAUACCAGUGCCUUUAGUUUUUAGUUUGUUGAUCUGAGGGUUAUUGUUUUGUUUAUAUCAAGGAACUGCUGCAUUUGGAGACUUUAAUGAGUCUUUAGUCUAGUCUAUGCGUGAUAGGAAUAACUGUUUAAUUUUUGUGAUCUAUACGUACUAGUCGGAAGGUCAAAAUGAUGUCCAAAAAGCAAUGGUUUGUUUUGUUGUGCCUUUUCUCCAUAUAUUUAUUGUUGGGGGCUUCAAUAUUCUUUUAUGUGGAGUCAGAGGAAGAGACUAGAAAGGGUGUGGUUGAGUUGGAGGAUAAGCAAAUUAUUGAGGAACUGUUGAGGAAGCACUAUAAAGGGGACAACAAUAGCGUACAGUUCAUCUUCAACAGGCUAACGGAGUACUGCGGGAAACCUGUUCAUUACAAUAUGAGCGAAGAACCUCUAAAUUAUAAAUGGGACUUCUACAAUUCCCUGUUUUUCGUCAUCACCGUUGUCAGUACUAUAGGUUAUGGUAACUUGGCGCCUACAACAACGUUCACCAGAAUUUUCAUGAUAUUCUACGCCCUAAUCGGCAUCCCAAUGAAUGGUAUAGUGAUGGUAACUCUAGGAGAGUAUUUCGGAAAAUCGUUUAAAAAACUGUACCACAGAUGGAAGAAUGCAAAGAUAGAGAGAAGUUCAGCCAAACUAGGACUGAUCGGUCAGAUCAUACUCUACUCUGUACCAGGAUUUACAUUCUUCAUUUUCCUGCCUUCAACCAUAAUGAGCGUCUUCGAGGGCUGGACCUAUGACGAAGCUGUCUAUUAUUGUUUCGUUUCUCUGACGACCAUAGGCUUUGGAGACUUAAUCGCAGGAACAAACAACAGCGAUGAUUUCAGUACCGAGGCACACAUCCUCUACAAAAUCUUCCUCCUCGUGUGGGUCAUAGGCGGCUUGGGCUACGUGGUGAUGGUACUGGGUUUCAUCACCCAAGGCAUGCAAAGCAAACGGGUCAUCGAGAUCGAGAAGAUGUUAGCAGAGAAUAUCAAAAAGACGCCGCAGAAAAUCAGAGAUGAGCUGCGUAACGUGUUACAAGAGUUCCUCUUUUUAAGAGUCAAACCCGUGUAUAAGGGAGAGUUCGAGUACAUUCCUCAGAUGCUACAAAGAAGUCAAAGCUGUCCUGAUCUCCAACUGUGGAGGAACAUGGACUCUCCUACUAUGAUGAGGAAACGAGCCAUGUCGGAAUGUUACAGGCCAGUGCAGAUUCUGCAAAGGGUUCAGUCUGAUACAGACCUGGAUUUGAUAGAUAAGGAACUUACCUUCCGACCUUCAGACGCUUUCAUGAAGCAGAAAGAUCUCUUGCUUAAAGUAGUCGAUGCUCUUAGUGGAACGACAGCAGACGUAAACCAGUUGCUAACACCAGAACGUCCAGAAGACGCCGUGCCCACCUUCAAAGCCAAGAGAAGGAGAGCAGUUAGUGAAAUCAGACCUCCAACCAACGCCAUUGCUCGUAUUGGGGAUGGGUACACCUGGUACGGAAACGACGCCUCCAAAGCCUUUACAGAAUUUACGAAGCAUAGACAGAGAACUUACUCGGCACCAAAUUCUGAAAGAGAGGAAAGACCUACUAUAAUCCAACGCUUGAGAAAUAGAUUCAGGAUAAGGCCCAGUCAAAGCGUCGAUGUGGAGAAGCAAGCAGCCGACACCCAGCGCAGAGGAAGCACAGCCAGUGCCAAAGUAGAUGUGAGUCGAAGAAGACACUCCACCCUUUCAUCCAGUCAGGAACAAGUGCUGGAACAGACCUCGAUAGCAGACUUUAUCAGGGCUCUGUCUGCCAUAACGGUACCCGAAAUCAACCUUGAACCAGAGCCUAGAAGAAAACUGGGUGUGGCUUGUCUUACACCUCCAGACGUCGUGGCAGCUAGGAGAAGAAGGAUGUCCAUCAGAACCAACUACAACAAUAGGAGAGCUUCUCUGGUACCUGUACCUCCAGCUCCAAGAGUAGGACCCAGGAGAUUCUCUUUAAGGCCAGUGGACGAGAAUCUCUUGGUCUCCCCUCCCCCUUAUUCCGCAUUUCCUCCGGAAGCAAGGAAUUCCUUCAGGCAGUCGCAGAGAAGAAGGUUCUCCGUACGGCCCGUGUAUACGAACCUAACGGGACCAGUGAAACGCCAAGUGAAUAAACGGACGGACACAGAUAGCAGUGAUCGUUAAGUGUAACUUUAUUUUAUAGUACCUUUGUUUGUUUCUGUUAGAAUAAGUCGUGAAAUUCAGAGAGAGAGAGAGAAAGACAUAGAUAACGGAAGAUAGAGAGAGAGAGAGAGAGAGGUACUUGAAAAAGUCAACUUUCGAAUACUCCUUACUUUUAGAUUGACCCCAGUUGCCAAAUAGAAAUCAGCCAGUAAACUAGAUUAGUUAUAGUUUUUACAAAGAAUUUAUAAAAACUUCUAGCAACAGAAACUACUUGCCAUAUUUUGCUUCAAGGGUAGUAUUUGUCAAUUUACACUUUACACCACUUUUGUAAACCACAGUUUAGAUACAAUUCAACUCCACAGAAAGAGUGUUAUGGAAAUUGACGCGCCCCUCUUACAACUAAUUUGCAUUUUAUUAGCUAAACUUUCUAAAAUUUCAAAAUAACUUACUAAAAAAUUAAAUUUACUUUCUACAAAAUUUAGUUUAAAAUGUAAUCAUUUAAUUGGCUCAGAACAAUUUGAAAGAACCAAUAAGAAUGAUAUGAGUUUGAAAAUGAAUUACUUCCUCGAAAUAAUUUACUUAUCACAAUAUAUCAAUCACAUUGAAAAUAUGCAAACAAUUUGUACAAUGGCCUAUAACAUUAUAAAGAUUUCUGGUUAAUUUAAUGGUUACAAUUCCAUGUAAUUGGUUGUUUUCUAAUCGAGAGGGCCAAUCAAAGCGACUUUUAGCUUACUGUCAAAUAUCAAAAAAUUUCAACUUUCAACUUUUUUUGAGAACCAUUUUUAUUAUUAAUUUCGUUUACUUUUAGUCAAAAUAUAUGUUUUAUAGAUUAUUUGCAUCGAAUAGGUGUAUGUAUUUGUUUAAAAUGAACAAAAUCACUGUUUUUAGAAAAUACGUUUCAAAACUGAUUGAUUCAUGAAAAAAUUGGAAUGAUUCUCAGAGGAAGAUUUAAAUUCUAGAUGUGUCCCUAAAUGGUAAGUGCCCCCGACUGAUUUGAUAAUAGUCUAAAUUGUGGUAUUUUUAUAUUUGUUAUUUGUGAGACCUAAUAAUCAUUCCUAAACAAUGCCUGGACAAAAAUCGUCCAUAUUACAUUGUAGUUACUAGUCCCUUGGACGUUAGUUAUGUAUUGGUGCCUUGAUAUUCUAGUUCUACACUAUUGCAGAAAUUAUUUCCUAGUACCUAGUUUACUUAGGUAUCCCCUUAAUAACCAAUACAUUUUCAGGAAAAUCUGUACCUAAAAACAAGGUAGCAUUAUUAAUUAUCUAGCAUAGAUGUUUAUAUUUGUUUUUUAUUGUUUCGUUCCUACUUACACGUAAGUAUAUGUGAUUCUUUAGAUGUUUAAUUUAUUUAUUUCAAUAACUUUCAAAUGAAAAACCUCAAUGCUUAGUUUAGAAUUGCCAAGCCAAAUAUUUGUAAGCAUGUUAUGUAUUAAGUUUUCUAAAAAUGUUACUGAAAAUUGAAUUCUCAUGGUAAAAUGUGCCUUAUUUAUCAUAUACUUAGACAUUAUUUGUAAUUUUAUUAAGUGACUCAAAUCAUAGUGAUUGUAUUUAUAUAAAAAUGUUGUGUGGGAAGAUGUUAAAUUUGUUGAAAAUUGUUGCUGU